AUGGAGCUCGCGUUUGGGCAUUUUGGGCAUUUUGGAGGGAUUAGGGCACCCGUGGCGCUGGUACCACCCGAUCUUUCUCGCAACUAUCUCAAUGGAUCGAUCCCUGCAGCAUGGGCUUCCCUUCCUCUCACCGAUUUGUCGCUUUUGGGAAAUCACAUUUCUAGAACAAUUCCAAAGGAGCUAGGAAACAUCAUGACACUCAAGUCACUAGUCAUUGAAGUUAACGAGGUCGAACGACCUCUUCCUCCAGAGCUUGGUAAUUUGCACAGCUUGGAGAGAUUCCUUGCUUGUUCGAAUAACUUGACAGGAGAAAUACCUAUUACCUUCGGCAACUUGAGAAACUUGAUGGACUUGCAUAUGCAAGACACAUCUAUGACGGGACCUAUUCGUUCCAACAUCUCUUUCUUGGUGAAUCUAACUGAACUGAGGAUAUCUGAUUUGAAUGGAUCGAGCAUGCCUUUCCCUGCAUUGGGGGAUAUGACCAAAAUGCAGAAAUUGUGA